GUUGGCAUCCAUGACAGUCAUGGCUGCCAUAUUUUUAUCUGUGUACGUUAUCUGAGAGAUUGUUGUCGAUUGUCAUCGAGCGAAUUUUUAUCCUGCCAUUAUUUUUCGUCGAUUCGUAAAAAAGUUUUUCAUUAAGAAAGCAUUUACACAAACAAUUCUUAUUGUUUCCUAAAAAUAUAACACAAUCGUCAUGACGACCGCGUUGUAUCUGGAGCACUAUCUCGACAGUCUCGAGCAUUUGCCAAUUGAAUUACAGAGGAACUUUACACUAAUGCGUGACUUGGAUGCAAGAGCACAAGGUCUGAUGAAGGACAUUGAUAAACUGGCAGAUGAUUACUUGAGGAAUAUAAAAAAGGAUACAUCAGAAAAGAGGAAAGAACAACUUGCUCAUAUACAAAGCCUUUUUAAUAAAGCUAAGGAAUACGGCGAUGAUAAGGUUCAACUAGCUAUUCAAACUUAUGAAUUGGUUGACAAGCACAUCAGGCGACUCGAUUCAGACCUAGCAAGAUUUGAGGCAGAGAUACAGGACAAAACAUUGAAUAGUAAUAGAGCACAGGAGGAGAGUAAUGCUAGUAAGAAGGGUAGAAAGAAACUUAAAGAGAAAGAGAAGAGAAAGAAGGGUACUGCAGCAAGCAGUGAGGAUGAGGCUAAGAAUGCAAGAAAGAAGCAGAAGAAAGGUGGCUCUGUAGCUUCAGCUUCGUCUACUGGUGCUGUGGGAAGUGGUGCUCAAGUAGAUGCAACAGCUCUCGGCCAUCCAGCUGAUGUUUUGGACAUGCCUGUUGAUCCUAAUGAACCAACUUACUGUCUCUGUCACCAAGUAUCAUAUGGAGAAAUGAUUGGUUGUGAUAAUCCAGAUUGUCCUAUAGAGUGGUUCCACUUCGCCUGCGUAGGUUUAACAACAAAACCUAAAGGAAAGUGGUAUUGUCCCAAAUGUACUCAAGAUCGUAAAAAGAAGUAAAUCUAGAGAUAAUUGAAUCUGUUGGUUGUCAUCCGUUUAAAGAGACUAAUGAAUAAUUUUUUCAUGUUGAAACCUUUGAUUUCCAAGCACGCGUUGCCGCGCGUUAUGACGCGCGUUAAAUGGGUGCGUUUGAAAAAAAAUGCAUGUGAUUGAAUUUAUCUGUAGUAAUGUGUGUUUGACACGCGUUAUAACUCACAGUAACUCAUGCAUGGAAUUUAGAGGUAAACUGACUUUUGUAUAAAAGGACGAUAGAAAAUUUAUGAGAUAAAAAGAAAACUGCAUUUCCAUUGCAUCUAAAACUAAUAAUGAAACUAAGUAAUGAAACAAUUCUUUCAUUUUUGCAUGAUGUGUAUAACAAUAAAUAUUUGAUAGGUAAACACAAAUCACUAUUGCUAAAUAAUGUAUGUAAAUAAUUUCUUCAAAUAUAAUACAAUUGUAUUAUAUAGAAAUUAAAUUUUUUUUAUCACAAUAGAACUACAUAUUGUAAGUUUUUUUAUAAUAGGAAAAGCCUAGAUGUUAAAAUGAUUAAAAUUUAUAUGUAUAUAAUAUUUAUAUAUAUAUACAUAUAUAUAUAUAUGAUUUUAUUUUUUAAUGUAUUAAGUAGCCGAUAAAUGAAUUUUUAUUAUCAGCUUUAGAUGUAAUGGAAGCACAGUUCAAAUAUAAAUCCAUCACAGAUGAGAAACGUUUUGAGAAUCGGCCAUUAUCUCGCUAUCGCUUCAUAUAUUCUCUUUAAUAUCACAAUAGUAAUUUAUUAGUAAUUAUAAUAAUAAUAAUGCAACCCAUGUUGCAUAAGAACCGCUUUACAUUUUUGUCAUUUUUUUUUUUAUACGGCCGUUUCUUGAACAUAUCUGUGAUUUCACUUGGUAAUCAUCGAUUUAUAGUUUUAAUUAGAGCAUUAAAUUAUUAACGUUAUUAUAUACUGUUUUUAUAUGUUAUAAAUGUACAUCGUUUUAUAUAUACAUGAAGUAAACUCUUGUUAAAGAUGAAAAGUGUAUUAUGAACGAAGUACAGCAAUAUGAUUAAAAAAAAUAUAUUUAGUUCAUCGAAA